AUGUCUGCCAUGAAGAUGGCUCGCCUGUGUCGCUCCUUAUAUCUGAGCGCCUUGCUCGCUACACCUUUCAUCGACCAUGCAGUUGCAGCCGACUGGCCGUACUGGACCUUCACCACUGUCCCCUUCCAGCCUCCAAAAUUGAACAUCACCACGGCAGGUGAAGCCCCGGACCCCGGCCUCAUCUUCCUUGGUCCAAGAGGAGACCAACCCAAUGGCACGGCCGCCAUGAUUUAUGACCAGGCGGGCAACCUGGUAUAUCAAGGCCCACAUGAAGUGACUGCCAAUGUUAAUGUCCAGACGCUGUUUGGGAAGCCAGUGCUCACCUUCUGGUCUGGGAACAUGUUGGAUACUGGGUUUGGAUAUGGCAAGGUUCAUAUCCUAGACGAUACCUACAAGGAAAUAUAUACGGUCACUCUCGAUGGCAACUUUAUCACACCAAGUGGCACUGCCGAAGAAUCCUAUAAUGACCUCCAUGAGAGUAAGAUUACAGAGCGCAAUACCAUGCUUGUUACUGCGUACAACGUCACCCAGGCAAAUCUUACUGCAGUGGGCGGGCCUGAGGAUGGUUGGAUGCUCGAUGGUCAUUUUUAUGAGAUCGAUAUUUUCACGAAGCAAAUUUUCUUCUCUUGGAGCACUGCGAACUACUCAGAUCAGAUUCCUAUUACCCUUUCCCGCAACCCGAUAGCAGACAGGGGCCGGAACCAGAGCCACCCCUGGGAUCCCUAUCAUAUCAACUCCAUUGAGCUAGUGGAUGAUGGGUAUCUGGUGUCGUUCCGUCAUCUUUUCUCAGUCCUCUAUUUGAACCGUGAUGGAAGCAUCAAGUGGCGGCUCAGUGGUGAUGAUGGUACUGAUUUCGAUCUUGGACCUGGCUGUAACUUCUCUUGGCAACACCAUGCGCGGGCGCAUGAUGUGAGCUCCAGCGGGAUGACUCUGUCACUCUUUAACAACGACAACGCCAAUGUCCACCAUCAAGUAUCGCCCACAACAGGUCUGGUGCUACAAGUGGACACCAGUGAUAUGACAGUGAGGAAUUUACGGACCCUCGCAGACGAAAGCAGCCCUAUCUAUUCGGUCAGUCAAGGCAACACACAGUUGCUGGGAAACACCACAACGGGCCAUGUGUUCAUGGACUAUGGCGCCAUUGGCGUAGUGCGAGAGUACGACUCAGCAGGCAACACCAUCAUGUCAGCCCAGUUCGGACCAUACAACAGCGUCGCCUCAUACCGCGGCUUCAAAUAUGACUGGCACGCGACCCCAUUCUGGGACCCAGCCGUUGCUGUCCAGCGUUCGCCUUCAGGUGAUAUCAACAUAUUCAUGAGCUGGAACGGAGCAACCGAUUAUGACAGCUGGGCCAUCUACGGCGGGCCAUCGGAGGCUCUAGCGAACGCGACGAUGCUGAAGACUGUGGCGCGCACGGGCUUUGAGACGAAUGUGACGCUUCCUGCUGCAGUGAAUGUCAGCUAUGUCCAGGCGGUGGCGCGACAGGCAGGCAGUAACCUUCGAGCUUCGACCGUGAUAGCGUUGUAG